CGCUCGUUGAGGUGGACGCGCAUGGGCGCGUGGCCGCGCACGUUCGGUUGUAAUAGGCUAAACGGGCACGUGUACGUGCGCGUACUCGUGUUCUUUGUGUGGCAGUGUAGAGAAGCGCCAAAAGAGUGACCAUGGCUGAUGAAAAACCAAAGGAAUCAGUGAAGACAGAAAACAAUGAACACAUAAACCUGAAGGUAGCGGGUCAGGAUGGAUCUGUAGUGCAGUUCAAGAUCAAAAGACACACACCGCUCAUCAAACUCAUGAAGGCCUACUGCGAGAGACAGGGACUGUCAAUGAGGCAAAUCAGGUUCAGAUUUGACGGGCAGCCAAUAAACGAGACAGACACACCAGCACAGUUGGAAAUGGAAGAUGAAGAUACGAUCGAUGUGUUUCAACAACAGACGGGCGGACGGAUUUAAUCGGCCACGUGCAUCACCACUUUCUUCCUGGACACCACCAACUUUCCUGGCCUCUGAGGCACACAGCGCCUGCUUCUUCGCAGCUCGUCUCAACAGAAUUCCACGCGGAAGAAGUUUCCCGUUUCUCUGCUACACAUAACUGCUGUAUAUUUUCAUUUGCGCCCCUUUUACUUUUCUGUCUUUGUACAUAAGCCACAUCCACAUCACCCUGAGUUCAGAUUUUGUUUUUCCAUGCUGUAUUGUGAUAAGUGUUAAGGACUUCCCUUCCAGACUGUUAGGACUGGUGAUAGAGCGAGCAUUAAGUAAAACUGACUUUAUUGAUCAAAAUCUGCUCAGCUGAUCUUGGUCGGUGGCCAGCAAAUCUGUUCUUAAAGUGUACAAUUUUUGGAACUGGCUGUCACUUAGUGAACCAUAUGCCAAGUAUGGGGAUCACGGGAUAUGCUAACAUUUGGGUUCUGUCAUAUUCACAAAACAUAUUUGAUUUUUUACAUUUUUUAAAAAUAGUACUGGAUGUGUAGAGGAAUGUUCUGAGAAAUCGUUUUUGCUAGGCCACUUCAAAUUUUGGGAAGCCCUAAGAGAUGUUCCAGCAAAAUAAACAUCUGUAUUGUCUAUUAAGAUGCUUGUUGAAAUAAAGCUAUUGUCUUUUUCCAAACUUU